AAUAAUAAUUACGUUGACAUGCGCAUUUGAGGAGGUAGGAGCGUGGUGGUGAGGGGCAAGCAUUUUUUUAAGGCCAAAAGAAUUUGUAGAAGAAGAGGAGCAUAAUAGUGCGGAACUCUUUUUGGCCCAGAUGGUUGCAGCAUGUCGAGGCGCAAGCAAGCCAAACCGCAGCACAUCAACUCGGACGAGCCCGGGUCCGCACAAAACGGCAUUCUACAAGAUGAUGCAGCGCAGGAGACUGAUGGAGAAGUGAAAAGAUUCAGAAUGGACCAGACUCAAAUCUGCAAAAAGUGCUGCGGUGAAUUCUUUGAUGAAUCAGAAUUUUUGGAGCAUGAAAAGAACUGUACCAAAAGCCAGCAAGUGGUCAUUAUGAGAGAUGGUGACUGCAGUGAGGUGCCGGAGGAAUAUUCACAAGGUUCUCCUGAAGGCCCCACCAGUGACCAUGACGAUAGCCGGUCCAGCAGCCAUUCCAUAGCUGCUGCCAAUGCUGACCAAAUGGAAAAAAAUGAGGAUGAGUCUAACAUGCACAUGGAGGACCAAGAAGAUGUACCUGCCAGUCCCGAGACACACUUCCAACCUUCCCCCGAGAUGCAAGAUCCAAACACUUUUGAGGCUAUGACUACUGACGCUCAACUUUCUGCCUCCCAAACCACUUCAAACACAACAGCUCUGUCGUCGCAGGACGCCCUACAGGUCAUCCCCAUGAUCUUGGAACAGUUGGUGUGCCUCCAGCAGCAGCAGCUACAGCAAAUCCAGAUUACAGAACAGAUCAGAAUCCAAGUGGCCAUGAUGACCCCACAGGGUCUCCGGUCAUCAGUGGGUGCAGCCAUGGACCCCCUGAAAGCCCUUGGCGCACAUCUCUCCCAGCAGCUCUCUGCUGCAGCGGCUUUGAUAGGAAAAAGGACUGGUAAUCAGAACCUGUCAGUGGAGGCAGUGAACCAAGGUAAACUGUCUCUACCCACAAGCAUCCCAACUUCUGUGCCUGCGGGACUGAGUGCAAUGACCUCUAAAAUGGAUAUUUUGAAGGGCAUUCCGGAUCUGGCUGGCCGUUUACCAGCGCUGCUUCCAGAGUCCCCAGGCGUUGUAGGUUUCCCGGGCACCUUCAGUGGUAUCCAAGCAGGGAUUGAUUUGAAAAAAGCAAAGGGAAAACUGUUGAAUCUUCCGGUAGAGUCAAAGAAUGGAGACUCGUUAUACAAGCACAAGUGCAAGUACUGUGGAAAGACCUUUGGCAAUGACAGCGCCCUGCAGAUUCACCUGCGUUCGCACACCGGAGAGAGGCCCUUCAAAUGCAACAUCUGCGGAAACCGCUUCACAACCAAAGGGAACCUCAAAGUGCAUUUUCAAAGGCACAAAGACAAGUAUCCCAACAUCACCAUGAACCCUCAUCCUGUGCCUGAACACCUUGACAACAUUCCCACCAGCAGCGGUAUUCCCUUUGGCAUGUCGGUGCCCAUGGAAGAGUCAAAUGAAAUUAAGCCAGUGCUUGGCCAUGCUGCUGCAGGGUUCCAUUCUUCAUCACUCUCCGGAUUCAAGACAUUCGAUGGCUUCGGUGGUGGAGACCCGUUUUCCCAGAGACCCUCGCCAUCCACGAGUGAUGGCUCCCCAUCGGUUUCCUCAAAUGUCUAUGGCAAAGACACCGGUAUGGAUCACACUCAGAAGGAUGCAAAGGAGCUCCUGGGAACACUGCAUCACAUGAAUGGUAAUGUCAUGUCUGGAGAGCAAAGCUCCGGCACUGCAAAGCUUCAGCAGAUGGUGGACGGAUUGGAAAAGAAGACAAACGAUCCCAACGAAUGCGUCAUCUGCCACAGAAUUCUUAGCUGCCAGAGCUCGCUGAAGAUGCAUUACCGUACGCACACCGGGGAGAGGCCAUACAAAUGUAAGAUCUGUGGCCGUGCUUUCUCCACCAAAGGCAACCUGAAGGCCCAUUACGGGGUGCACAGGGCCAACACCCCUCUUAAAAUGCAGCACUCCUGUCCCAUCUGCCAGAAGAAGUUUACCAAUGCCGUGGUGCUGCAGCAGCAUAUUCGCAUGCACAUGGGCGGCCAAAUCCCCAACACCCCGGUGCCAGAAAACCACUUUGAAGCAAAUGACGCAAUUGAGUCCUCUCCACCGGAAGAAAAAUCUGUGGACCUAAAUGGCUUUGAAGAAAACAUGGAGGCUCAAGAACCUGAGGGAAGCUCUCAGAAGCCAAGUGAGAACUCUGACUCUCUCCCGCCUGCCACAGACGAGCAGAAGCAUGCUGGCCCCGCCAUGUUUUCCAGCCUUGAUGUCUUGAAGAAUCUCACCUCUGCUCUUGCACUAAAACGACAGGGUAGCACCCUGUCUGAGAGCGAGGGGACACCCAAAGAAUCGCCGUCUGCUCCCAGAGAGCAGGAAUAUCAGAACGGCCGCAGCCCGGGUAUUUCUGAUUCUGCUGUGUCAUUUCAUUCUGCCUCUCCUCUCAACAACACCAGUAGCCUCAAGUCUCCGGAAUCUGCUGCAGAAGAGUUUGUUCGUAAUGGGUACAAACCGGACCUUGAAGGGACAACUCAAGGUGGAACUGAAUCAAGUGGAGCCCUUGACCUCACGGCUUCAAGCAGCUUCACCCCAAAAGCGAUCAAAGAAGAACCUAGUGUGCCAUUCACAACUGGAGAAUACGCAGCUGCAAGUAAUAUGCCUUUCAUGAGGAUCCCUUCAAGUCUGGAGAUGAAGAUUCCGCAAGAGAACCCGUUGGGGACCCAUGGUUUGUUCACAUCUCAAAUGCCCCCGGGGACUGCCAUACCCUCGCCAGUCUCCACGGCACCGCGCCGGUCCUCUAAACAGCAUGUUUGUAACGUCUGCGCGAAGAACUUCUCUUCCGCCAGCGCCUUGCAGAUUCAUGAGCGCACUCACACAGGGGAGAAGCCGUUUGCCUGCAACAUCUGCGGCCGGGCGUUCACCACCAAAGGAAAUCUAAAGGUACAUAUUGGUACCCACAUGUGGAACAACUCUUCAAGACGUGGUCAGCGUCUCUCCCUGGAUAAUCCCAUGGCUCUUAUGGCAAUGAGCUCCGAGCCAAAGAUGUUACCAGAAAUGUUGCAAGCCCCCAAAGAACUUGCUGCUCCUCCCAUGAACUUUGACCCCUCAAUGUGGAACCAGUACACUACGGCCUUUAGUGGCGGUCUGACCAUGAAGGCCAACGAGAUCUCUGUCAUUCAGGGGGGAGGCAUCCCCCUCCCCGGGAGCCCUGCUGGCAGCGCCCCGCUGAUUGGAUCCACCGGAGGCCUCAUGAAGAUGGACGGAUCCCAUUCUGGCUUGCCUGCCUCCAUGGCUGAAAUUGAGAAAAACAGCUCUGACAGUGUACCAAAAUCCCAGUUUCCCCAUUUCAUGGAGGAGGGGAAAAUUGCAGUCAACUAAUCACCUCAACUCUCACCCCGAAUGUCUUCUCACAAAUGAGGUACAAUCAUGGAAUUCAGCAUUGGUCUUUUCUCAGUAAUUGUGUCACAUCACUCAUUCAAUUGAUUCUUUAGCAUUGCUUUUUAGUUGGCGUAAUGUAACUACUGUAGUUGUAUUUUAUAUGAACAUAUACGGGUAUUUUUUUCCUGUGACUAUUUUUUUUUCCGUUUAUCCAAAAGUUUGAAUGUAGAACUUUACUUGAAACUCUGCUUUAAUUCCACCUGUUUUGUUUUCUCUACUUUUUGAAGGAUUUGGACUUUAAAGGUUUGACUUACAAGGUCAGUGUCUAAGCGCUCAUAACUUUGGCAUAUUCAACCACCGUUUUGGUCCAAAAUGACUACUUUCCCUCCUAUUGUGUGCCAUCGAUUUUAUGACAUUUUUGUAGUGUAGUUUUUCACAUUGAAAGGGGGGUUUGGACAGGUUACUCGAGUGUCCUGCCUGUUGCAUUUGUGUUAGUUUUGAAUGAUGUACAUAAGUAAUGACAAUGACUAAUGGUUCUCCAUGCCAAGUGCCUCACUUGAAUUGAGUGCGUUGCUGUUGUCUUUCAAUGCACCAGAGGAUUAAUUUAAAGGUUUUGGUAGAAGUAUGAUUUGUACCAUGUAGCAUUGCUUGUGUAUCCGAUUUACACCCAGAACUCUCUCUGCUGCCUUUGUGUUUUCUUGUAAAGCAGUGUCACAUUUAGUUGGCUGUGCUCCAAAUGCAGAAUAUUGUCCAGCCUGCACUUUAUUUGAGGUUUAUACGGUCACAUUUAUUGUUGCAUCUCAGUCUCUCUAUGUCAUGCUGUCUUAGCGGGACAAAGGGCAAGAUUACAAUUUUUGUCCCAGAGGUUUGCCAGUGCUCGGAUUGAAUGGUCUUCAAAUUGUAGCAUUUUAAUUUAUUUAUAGUACACAAGGCUUGAAUUUUGGGGAUAAGUUCUACCUCAUUUAUAUUUUGGUUCUCCACACCUCCCUUUCUCAGUUAACUGUACAUUUGUCCCCCAAUACAUUCUUGAGUACAUAUAUUUUAUUUUCUCCUCUAAAUCUGCUGUGUUGAACUCCAAUGAAUGUAUCACAGGACACUUUACACAAAUCAGAAUGGUCAGAGUUCAUUUGAAGGCCCCUGCUGUACAUUCCUUAGUAAUUAUGCAUUUGCCAAGUUGUGCCUUUUUUGUAAGUGAACCAUGUCAAAACUGCUUUUCAAAGAUGUCUCUACAAUUCAAUGUUGAGCCAGUGUGGCGAGUUUACAGUGUACAUUGUUUUGUUUUCUCCAAAUGUUCCCUUCAACUGUUUGCUGGUUUUGAAAA